AUGUUUUCACUGACAACAGCAGUCCUUGUCUGCUCAAUCCGACAAUUGGUGGCCAUUGAAAUUACAACUGUCAUAGACACUUCAACUGGGCCAGUACAAGGUGAAAUAUCGACUUCUGUCAACUCAACUAAGUUUGCUUCUUUCAAAGGUAUAAGAUACGCCGAGCCUCCGCUCGGUUAUAUGAGAUUCAAGCCUCCAGUCCCCAUAAAACCGUGGAGUGAGGUACUAAAUGCUACUGUAAAUGGAAACGAGUGCCCUCAAUAUAACUUCACCAGUCUCAGCAUUUAUGGCUCCGAGGAUUGUCUGUUUCUCAAUGUCUACACUCCAGUGACGAAUCUGAGUCAAACUCCCACAAACCUGAAAAGCGUUAUGGUAUGGAUUUAUGGUGGUUCUUUUUUGAGUGGAUCAUCAGCGACGAAAUUCAAUCGUCCGGACUUUUUGAUCGAGCGAGAUGUAGUUUUCGUUUCAUUGAAUUACCGUCUCGGAGCUCUCGGAUUUUUAAACCUGGGUCAUCGAAACGCCACUGGUAACGCGGCCCUCAAAGAUCAGAACCUCGCUCUCAAAUGGGUUCAGAUUAACAUAGCUAAAUUUGGGGGUAAUCCAAAAAACGUUACGAUCUUCGGUCAAAGUGCAGGAUCCGUAUCAGUAGGUUUUCACGUGCUAUCAGAAAAAUCGACUGGACUUUUUCAUGGCGCGAUAUCGAUGAGUGGAACUCCCCUGGUCCCCUGGGGAUUUACCAAACGAGAAGACGCCAUUCAACGAGCUGAGACACUCGCGAGGUUGUGCGGCGCGUUUCCAUGGACCAAAAAUCAUUACCUCGAGACCCUUUACUCAGCCCCGGUCUCGAAACUUGUUAAACUUGCAUUCGUCAUUAAUCCGAUCACACCGUUCACACCGACCCUUGAAGAUCCAAGCCUAACUGGUGAUCCUUUCAUCACGGAAUGUGCGAUAAAGAAGUAUCAAAACGGAAACUUCAACAAAGUUCCACAACUUCUGGGUUUCGAGGAUCAGGAAACCGUUGCUGUCCUCGCGGGCAUAGAUGAAUUUUUCACUGUCGUCCAUUUGACCAACUUGGUCACUGGUCCUCUGUCUCUAUUAGAAAAUCAAGUUGAAUCCGUGGUUGGGAACCUUCUUGAGCCAUUAGAAUCGCUCGUGAAUACGGCAGGCCAGUGGUUUCAGUCAAUAAAAGAUACCACUUUGGAAGUCGCCGUGAAUGUGACAACUGACAUUUUCUUCAAGCUUCAAAUAGAUGAAACUCAAAGAUUAUUGGUCGACAAUAUAGGCGACGUUCCUGUUUAUUACUACGACAAUACGUUCGAUUACCCUCGAUCGCGUCACAAUCUUGGAAAACAGUAUUGGAUCCCUGGUGCUGGACAUGGUGAUGACAUUUACUACAUAUUUUACGUGCCCUCUGCACAUUACAAUCUUAGUUUAAGUGAUCCAAUGGGCCUGACAAUCUACAGAGUUUCGACGAUGUGGACGAACUUUGCUAAAUAUGGGAGCCCAACCCCAUUCUGGAUCGAUCAAUAUCCAUUGAAUGCAUCGUGGCCUCCUUCUGGCGAAUCGGGUAAGGCACUUGAAAUUGGUAACCAACUGAAAGUAAUACCGAGACCAAUCGACACGGGUACAAGUCUCCUCGAAUCGCUACUUAAACCAUUCAAUUAUGAGCUAUAUGAUUGUUAG